UGUACUUUGGGUAACCAAAUAACCUCUGCAGCAGUAAACAUUGAUAGAAAAUGCUAUACAAUUAUUGCAUCUGAUGGGUUGCUCCAUCAAUAUUAAGCAUGAAAUGUUACUUUUUUCAUGUGUCUGUAUCCUCUGACAGGUGAGAUGGCAAGCAGGUUGGGGCUCCCCCACGGCAGUGCCCUGCACAGAUGCAUUCUGGUCCUGACCUUCCUGCUCCUGCUGUGUGAGAUUGUUGUCAGCCGCCUCUGUAACUCCCUAAUCACCAUGGUGGACGUCUUCCACACCCUCUUCAUUCUCAUGCACAUGGCUCUUCCCCUUGCUCCUCCUACCCUGGGCAGAGGCCCCCCAAAACCGCCACCUGCCUCCCCUCUCUCCACCUCCAUCACCUCCAUCACCUCCACCCCCACUCAGUCACCUGUCAAAUCUCCCCCAUAUGCCCUAACCACCUCCUGUGUCUCCCCCAUCCCCUCCAGCUCAGCUUCCUGUCCCUCUCCUCCCCUCUCAACCCCUGUCCUCACCACCACUUCCCAGUUUCCCUCCAAACCUCUCACCCCUACAACCACCCAUUGUUUCUCCCCUGACCCCUCUGAGUCCAACCAGCUAACCUCUUAUCCCCAUCCCACCCUGUCUAUUCCAGCCAACCCUUUUUCCCGACGCCUCCCCCCUCAGGCCUCCCUGUGUGGCCUGUCCUACAGCGAAGCGAGGGUCCAGCCCCUGGGGGCUCUGAUCUCAGCUCUCCUGCUGGCUGCCUUGUGUGUCUCUGUCUCUCUGGAUAUCCUCAGCCACACCCUGCAGCCCCACCCUAUACUGCGCCCUCUUUUGGCCACGGUGAUGGGGGCUGUCAGUCUGCUCUACAACCUCCUGGUGCUGGGGCUCAGCUGGGGCAGCUUGCCAGAGACCAAGACUAGAGCUGCCUGGGAGGGGGAGGAGAGCUCUGUCCUUGGUGUGAAUGGAAAAGGCACAGUGCAUUCUUUGCUUUUAUUAUUAAUGUCAGUGUGGGAGGGAAUUGUGUACAAGUUCUGCAUUAUUCUAGUUUGUUUUUCAUUCCAACACACCACAGUCAAGGCCAAGGUCCAGACCAAAGACAGUACUGGAGUGGGGGGAGAGAAUGACCUCAGUAACCUCACUACAUCUCUGGAUGGUGCCUUCCAAGAUGGAACACUUGUACUCUGUAACCCUGGGACCUCCAGUGUCCUGAACCCUGACAGAGACUCUCAGCACCCAACCCAGACAUCCCCACUCCAUACCUUGGCCCCUCAGUGUCCCCUUUCAGACCACUGCCAUGGAGCACACACACUCCCUGCAGACUCGCACACACUCCCUGCAGACUGCAGAACUUCAGAGACACCAAACAACUUCCCACAUCCAGAGGCCAGUGGCUGUCAUCCAACGUACCCCAACUCUGAGGUGUCUAAGUGUGUGGGACACAGAGAUAAUCAGACAGACCCCACCACAGCCUCAGCCCUAAAGUCAGAAAGCCCCACAAGGCUCAGGGUCCAACUUCCCGCCUUUCUCCCAUCCCUCAUCACCCUCACCCAGGCACUGCUGGGCUCCAUCCUGGCCCUCACCAACGGGCUUACCCUGCUACUCCUGGGUCCAGACUGCCUGCAUGGCUCUGGGGCCUGUGGCCCCUUCAUCUACCUGGACCCUGGUUUCUCCAUGGUGGCUGUGGUGGUGCUGCUGGCCACCGCUCUGCCCCAGGUGUGCCGCUACGGUUGGCUGCUGCUCCAGGCCGUCCCGCCCCAGGUGUGUAUGUCUGAUCUGGGCCGGCGGAUCGCCAGUGUGCCAGGGGUGCAGGCGGUGCACGACCUCCAUGUGUGGCAGCUGACAGAGAGCUGCCUGGUGGCGUCUGUACAUGUCCACUGCCACGCUGGGUUCCAGAUGCACAGGUGUGGUGAUCUGAUGUCUGGGGUCACCAAGGUGCUACAGAGUGUAGGUGUGAGCUGCUGCACCGUACAACCAGAGUUCCUCCUCUCCACUCCCACAGCCAACGGCAACCUGGAAAACAACAGCACCACACCCACCAUCCUCCAUAGGGAGAUUCCCCCACUGCCCUCACACCUGACCUGCAGCCUGGCCUGUGGGAAGGGCUGUGCUGGGAAGAUGUGCUGUGCUCCUCUGGAGCAAGGGUCUGCAGAGCCACUGGCACCCCCUGCUGGGGAAACUGAGGAGCCUCACGUGCUGAUCAUAGAGAAUGCCUUUCUUUGAGGGAAGGACCUUUUCCCUAGGAUGUAUCUCAGUAAUGAAGAGUGGGCUCCUUGCCUUCUUUCCUUCAUAUGAAUGUGAUGUGAGAUGUGGAGGACUGAAGGGGAGUAAACCACUUUGGGAAAUUAAGAUGCAGCCUGGGGAAUGAAUAUAAUAUAUUAUUAUUAUUGUCAGAAUAUUCUGAAAGACUUCGUCCCCAUGUCAUUGAGGUAAUUUGAGAGUGCUAGAUAGCCUAAUGUAAGAAUUAGGCUCUCAGGUAAAGAGUAGAAAUCACAGUAGUCAUCAUGCUUGUGUGUGUGUUUUGGGAUGGGGUGGGAUAAUUAACAUCAUUCCUAUGGGUACUCAGAAAGUGCCUGUAUGUUUACUGUAUAUAAUGUAUAAUCUAUGCAUGUACUACAUCAUUAUGCUAGUAUUGUAUUUCUUUGUAUUUUUUUUAUUUAUUUCACCUUUAUUUAACCAGGUAGGCAAAUUGAGAACACGUUCUCAUUUACAAUUGCGACCUGGCCAAGAUAAAGCAAAGCAGUUCGACACAUACAACAACACAUAGUUACACAUGGAGUAAAACAAACAUACAGUCAAUAAUACAGUGAAAAUAAGUCUAUAUACAAUAUGAGCAAGUGAGGUGAGAUAAGGGAGGUGAAGGCAAACAAAAUAUAUAUAUAAAUAAAUAAAUAAAAUAUAUAAAAAGGCCAUGGUGGUGAAGUAAAUACAAUAUAGCAAGUAAAAAAAAAAAAAAACACUGGAAUGGUUGGUUUGCAGUGGAAGAAGGUGCAAAGUAGAGAUAGAAAUAAUGGGGUGCAAAGGAGCAAAAUAAAUAAAUACAGUAGGUAAAGAGG